AUGCAUGUAAAGAAGCUCUCGGUAGCCCGUGCAAGGCAGUACAGUGAUAUCUCGAUGUGCCUGCUUUUCUUUUCAAUAGCCAAGGCCAGACCAGUAGGGAACUGCCGUGAACGCAGUGGCCAAGAAGCCGUUGAAUUGCUCGAUGAUGAUGAUGAUGCUGAAGAUGAGGACGCAAGAGAAGAAAUGAGAUUGCCCGGAUGGCCUCCCAUGAUUACUUCCAAUUCUCAAAAUUUAUCUGAUGCUAAGUGCAAGGAAUUGAGUGGACAUGAUAUUUUUGCUCCUCCUCCAGAAAUUUUGCCUAGGCCAUUGGCUGCACGGGCAUUGGACACAAAUCAAGACAUGGGUGAACCUGCACUGCGUCAUGUCCGGACUUCUGUUAAAGUCUCUAAUCCUGCUGGAGGUCAGAGCACUAUCAUCUCCAAUGAGGAACCUGUGAUGAAAACUGCCAAGAAAAUCUAUGACAAGAAAUUCUCCGAGCUCUCUGGAAACAACGUCUUCAAAGGUGAUGCGCCUCCAACGUCUGCGGAGAAAUCAUUGAGUUCGGCUAAAAUGAGAGAGAUUAGCGGCAAUGACAUCUUUGCUGAUGGAAAGGCAGAGUCUAGAGACUACUUUGGUGGUGUCCGCAAGCCUCCAGGUGGCGAGAGCAGCAUUGCGUUGGUUUAACCAAGCUUAGGGCCUAACAGUUUUAUGUUUCGAGUGUUAUUCCUAGUGGGAUUUGGUCCCAUUUGACACUUCUGGAGUGUGGGGUUUGGGAAUUGUGUUUUAGUUUUGAACUUAUUGACUAGAUGUACGAACUGUUUGCAGACCGGUAUGUUGAUAACAUUGGUUUCUUCA